UUAUCAAUACUGUUUUAAUCAUCUGGAUUUAGAGCUCAGAUCUAUAUCUGCCUUUCCUUUGCUUUGUCUAGCAGACUCUACAUUGAUCCUUACCCUGAAGCAACUAUGAGCGACCCAAACAUUGCCUCUCCUCCUGAUGAUGAUGAUGGUACAAGCAGAUCUUCUACUUCUUCAAGUUCAAGCUACUUUAAGCUCUCUGAUAUUCCAGGUCCCUUAAUCCCCACGGUUCUACUUCGAGAAGAUAACUAUGCGGAAUGGUCCCUUCAUAUCCGGAGUUUUCUCAAAGCAAAACAAAAGAUUGGGUUCAUCGAUGGUUCAAUUCCUAAACCGUCGACCAAUUCAGACCUAACUUUGUGGAUUGCAACAAACUCUAUAAUCGUGGGCUGGAUCCUCAAAGCUAUCGAUCCCAACGUUCGUUCCACGGUUGCUUUUACUAAUGAUUCUUGCAAACUAUGGGAGAGCCUACGACGUCGUUUCUCCGUUUCCAAUGGUGUUCGUGUCCAUGAGCUAAAGACUAUGAUAUGUUCUUGUAAACAAGAAGGUCAAAGUGUUAAAGAUUAUUUUGGCCGACUCUCCAAGUUAUGGGAAGAGCUUGAAAGCUACAAAUCUACUCCGGAAUGUUCGUGCCAUGCCGCGAAAUAUAUUGAAAAGGAAAGGGAAGAUGAACGAGUUCAUCAGUUUCUUAUAGGACUUCAUAGAUCUUGUUUUAGCUCUAUCCGCUUAAGUAUUAUUAGCCAAGAUCCUCUUCCAGAUUUAAACAAAGUAUACUCCCUUGUUAUAACAGAGGAGCAACGUUUUCAGGCUGCUAAGUUGAAGGAAGGUAAGCUUGAGCCCGUGCAGAAACAUGUUUGGGCUGCUAAGUCGAAGGAACUUAAACCGGAGCCCGAACCCGAGCAAAGUCGUGGCAUGAACGACAAAAGAACAAACCACCUAAAGGUCGAGUACGACAUGGUACACGACCAGUUAGUUUGGGCAAGUCAAUCAAUAUUCGGGAAAGAGUAA